UCAUCACAGGAGAUUAGUCUCAGCUCUCAGCACCAUGGCAUUAGGAUUGGGAGGACCGGCCUGUUUGCUAACCAAACCGAGACGCAUGGUCAUUAGCGGGGAGCGUGACACCUCUUUCUGUCCGUCUGUCUGUUUAUAUCUCUUUUACUGUCUGCGGGUCAGACUAAGAGAGACGGAGACAGAAAAGAAACAGGGUUGGCGGGACUUUACUCACUUCUGGAUGCUGGACCCAUACAGCUUGGUGAGGUCAGAUCUUACCACGGCGCUGAAGACAUCUACAGACGCAAUAACAACACUCCGAGACAUACAGACAUACAGCCAGACACAGAGCUGGAGAAGAUCCAGGAUGGUGCUGUACCUGGCCUUUCUGCUGGGGAUCCUGCCCACUGCAGCUCAAGCACAAUGGCGGCAUCCUGUAAUCAAGCUCAACUCCCAACUCGUGGUUGGGCCUGAGGUAGUACUGAACCCUGGCACCCCAUUAGUCCUGAGGUGUGAGGGGGAUGGGCCAGUCAACUGGCUGACCCGGUUGGCCAAACACAAGCGCUUCAUCUCCAAGGUCAAGGGGAGAGUCAGAACCUUCAGGGUGGACCGUCCCUCUGCAGAACACACUGGGACCUAUAAGUGUGAAUAUACCAGUGUGAACGCCAAGGGCCAGGACUUGUUUUCUACAGUGCACGUGUAUGUGAAAGACCCAGACAGCCUAUUUUGGACCAGCAGCACGUCCCUGAGUGUGGUGAGGAAGGAGGGUGAGAACUAUCUGCUCCCCUGCCUGCUAACUGACCCAGAGGCUACAGACCUGGGGCUCCGCAUGGACAACUGUACCUCCGUACCCCCAGGCAUGAACUACACAGCAGACCCCCGCAGAGGCAUCCUUAUCCGCAACCUCCAACCCAGCUACAACGCGGACUAUGUCUGCAGCGCCAAGCUCCACGGGGUGGAGAGGACCUCCAAGGCUUUCUCCAUCAACAUCAUUCAAAGGCUGCGUUUCCCACCUUACGUAUUCCUGGAGAAGGAUGAGUAUGUUCGUAUCGUGGGAGAGAAGCUGAGAAUCCACUGCACCACACACAACCCUAACUUCAACUACAAUGUCACCUGGAAUUACAGCUCCAAGAAGAGGUCCACCAUAGAGGAGAAUGUCCAGUCUAAGGACAGUCGUCUGGACAUUGAGAGCAUCCUGACCAUCCCUGCAGUAGACCAGUCAGACACAGGGAACAUUACCUGCACCGGAACCAAUGAGGCUGGAGUCAAUAGCUCUGCCACCUACCUGCUGGUCGUAGAGGAGCCCUACAUCCGUCUGUCCCCCCAGCUGUCCUCCAAGCUAGCCCACCAAGGCCUGUCCAUUGAAGUGAACGAAGGGGAGGACCUAAAGCUCUGUGUCCUGAUCGAGGCGUACCCCCAGAUCAUAGCCCAGAGCUGGGACACCCCAACGUCCUCGCCCACACAGGAACACAUCUUCACACGCUACAACAACAGGUAUUCCGCUACCCUGCUGCUAAAGAGAAUGAUUGCACAAGAGCAAGGCCAGUACACCUUCUAUGCCAGGAGUGCCAUGGCCAACGCAUCCAUCACAUUCCAAGUCCAAAUGUAUCAGAAGCCGGUUGCCGUGGUGAGAUGGGAAAACAUCACCAGCCUCAUGUGUACAUCGUUCGGUUAUCCUGCUCCCAUCAUCCUCUGGUACCAGUGCUCUGGAAUCCGAGCCACGUGCAAUGAGAAUAACACAGGUCUCCAGAUGCCUGCUCCCCUCCUGGCCCAGACGGUGGAGGUGCAGAGGGAGGAGUACGGGCCGGUCGAAGUCGAAAGCGUCCUGACCGUGGGACCGUCCAACCGUAGGAUGACCGUGGAGUGUGUCGCCUUCAACCUGGCCGGAGUUGGCAAAGACACCUUCGCCAUGGAAGUUUCCGAUAAAGUGUUCACCUCCACCCUAUCGGGAGCAGCUGGUGUUCUGGCCUUCCUCAUCCUGCUACUCAUCAUCCUGCUCUACAAGUACAAGCAGAAACCGAGAUAUGAGAUCCGGUGGAAGAUCAUCCAGGCCAGUGAUGGAAACAACUACACCUUUAUCGACCCAAGUCAGCUGCCGUACAAUGAAAAGUGGGAGUUUCCCAGGGACAAGCUCAAGCUAGGGAAGAUCCUAGGAGCCGGGGCCUUUGGGAAGGUGGUGGAGGCCACGGCUUAUGGUCUGGGGGAGGACGACAACGCGAUACGAGUGGCUGUCAAGAUGCUCAAAGCCAGGGCCCACUCAGAUGAGAGAGAGGCUCUGAUGUCAGAACUGAAGAUCCUGAGUCACCUAGGACAGCACAAGAACAUCGUCAACCUGCUGGGAGCCUGCACUCAGGCAGGACCCGUACUGGUGAUCACCGAGUACUGUAGUCAUGGAGACCUUCUGAACUUCCUGCGACACAAGCAGGAGACCUUCCUGAACUUUGUCAUGAACAUGCCAGAGGUACCAGAAGAGACCAGCGACUACAAGAACGUCUGUGAGGAGAAACAGUUCAUCAGAAGUGACAGUGGGAUCUCCAGUGUGUCUUCUGACAGCUACCUGGAGAUGAGGCCUGGUCCCCAGCCUGUCAACUCCUCUCUGGACUCUCUGUGUGAGGAGGGAGGGCCAGACUCGUGGCCAUUGGACAUGGAUGACCUGCUGAGGUUCUCCUAUCAGGUGGCUCAAGGUCUGGACUUCCUGGCCGCCAAGAACUGUAUUCACCGGGAUGUUGCAGCCCGGAACGUUCUCCUGACAGACCGCCGUGUGGCUAAGAUUUGUGACUUCGGCCUGGCACGUGACAUCAUGAAUGACUCCAACUAUGUGGUGAAGGGCAAUGCGCGUCUGCCAGUGAAGUGGAUGGCUCCAGAGAGUAUCUUUGAUUGUCUCUACACUGUCCAGAGUGACGUCUGGUCCUAUGGUAUCCUACUAUGGGAGAUCUUCUCUCUAGGAAAGAGCCCCUACCCCAGUAUCCUGGUGGACACCAAAUUCUACAAGAUGAUAGAGUCUGGUUAUCAAAUGUCCCGGCCAGACUUUGCCCCUCCAGAGAUGUAUACGAUCAUGAAAAUGUGCUGGAAUCUGGAGCCAACAGAGCGACCCACCUUCAGUAAAAUCAGCCAGCUGAUUGAGAGAGUCCUCGGGGAGCAGCCCGAAUGUCCAGACCAGCAGUACCAGAACAUCCAGCAACAGGACAUGGUGAUUGAGGAGUUGGAGCCGUGUGAUGAUGAUGACGAUGACGACGAGACAAAGUUUUGUGACGGCUCCUGUGACCAGUCCUGUGAGCACGAAGUGGAUGAGCAACCUCUGAUGAAGACCAAUAACUAUCAGUUCUGCUGAAAACUCCCUGGCAUCCUCAAACUAUCCACAUUCUGAUCUGAAAUUCUUCAACAUUCUAUCUUCUGCUCACUGUAGAAUCAUUCUAGGAGCAUAUAUCCAUAGAAAUGGAAUUGGGAUAUUUUCGUAAAGCAAUGAAUGCCUGAAAAGCAAUUUUUAAGUUCUGUUUUGGCUUGUAGAUAGACAGGCAGCUGAAAAAGUAAUGUGACUUGCUACAUACUGUGACUUGAGAUACCAUGUCUUACGCAGGAGAUAAUUGAUCUAAUCACAGAUAGUUAUGUACUUAAUAUAUGUAAUGCCUUAUUGUAUGUUCAUGCAUUACUCUUCUUCUAUGGUUUGAGAUUUUCUCUUUUAAGUCUAUGCACCAACGAUGGGCCUACCCUGACUGAACAGACUGUUCUGUCCACAGGCUUCUAGUUAUUUCCUCUGUUCUUACAUACUGUGCUGCUGGCACUAUGGUGAGAUUGAACAGACUUGUCUUUUUUACAGCCUUCUAGCUAUGUCCUCUGUUCGUACAUGUUUUGUUGCCACUAUGGUGAGAUUGUUGAUUUCUUAAAAUGCUGCUGUGGUGUUUUAAUUCACGUUUGUCAGCGGGUUCACUUCCACAUUGUUGAACAAGCUUUUUGAACAUGCUAUCCGCAGUUUUCAGAGGCAGCAACAAGACAGUAGCAAACAUUGCAGAUUUUUGAAUGUUUGCCUAUAUAUGAACAGGUAGCAUCGAGCUUAGAGUGUUGGGCCAGUAAUUGAAAGAUCACUGGUUCAAAUCCCUCAAGGUGAAAAAUCGGUUGUUGUACCCCAAUUGCUUCAGGGACGCCAUUAAUUUUACAUUUACGUCAUUUAGCAGACGCUCUUAUCCAGAGCGACUUACAAAUUGGUUAAUAAUGGCUGAUCAAGGCUGUGACCCCACUCUCUGUGGGUGUCUCGGGGAGAGAGUAUGCAAAAAAACACAUUCCCUUGUGAAAUAGGACAGCCAUAAACACCAACAUAAUUAUUAUUAACAAAGCAUUUCUUUAUAUGUAUGAUGGCUUAUUUUGAUGUUGGACAUAACCGUUCCUGAGAUCAAACCAAACAGAGGAUAACAUUCCAGCUUUAACAUGCUAAAUCAACCAUUGCAAUGGAUUUUGAGACGCCAUUUACAUCCAUUUAACCAUGUGUGUUGUUUCUAUCUCCACGCUCUAGCCAUAGUAGUAGCUUGAAUGACAUAGUCACGACAUUGUUAGUCAGCCAGUUAAUGGCAAAAUCAUUGUUACAUUAUAUGCUAUGGUAGGGAACGAUCAGGAUGAAAGGAAGGUAAAAAUGUGGAUCCAAGUCUGGACAAAACAAAUGUGUUUGAUGGCCAUGUACUGUUAUAAUCUCCACCCGGCACAGCCAGAAGAGGACUGGCUCAGAGCCUGGUUCCUCUCUAGGUUUCUUCCUAGAUUCCUGCCUUUCUAGGGAGUUUUUCCUAGCCACUGUGCUUCUACACCUGCAUUGCUUGCUGUUUGGGGUUUUAGGCUGGGUUUUUGUAUAGCACUUUGUGACAUCGGCUGAUGUAAAAAGGGCUUCAUAAAUAAAUUUGAUUGAUUUAUUUGAUAUCAUUCCACUUAUUCUGCUCCAGCCAUGACCACAAGCCUGUCCUUAACAAUUAAGGUGCCACAGACCCCCGUGUGAUAUUUCUACCGCUCAAUAUUUUGAUGUUCAUCAUCAGUAUGAUAAAACGUGUGAAUUAUGGCACAAAAAUAUUGCUUCAUUGUUUUGAAUGUAGCAUUCAGCUAAUACUGCCUACUGUAAUUACCACGAUGUCAGAUAAAAGCUAUAAGUCAGUUAAAGUCUAUAUGUCAGCUAUAAGUCAGAUAAGUUACUUGGAUUGUUAGCAGCUAUUCUGAAUACUGUUGCAGUGGAAAUUAGAGAAAAGUAAGAGAUUUGUAUGUAGUGUAUGUAUGGUGUAAUGUAAAUGAAUAAAUUUGUUUAUUUUCACUUUA